CCCCCCUCCCCCUCAGGCCCCGGGACUAAUUCCGUUUUUGAUUGCAGGUAGAAGUUGAAUAUCCGUUCGCAGCCAUCAUACUAUCAUACUUUAUCAGUCACCCAACUUUACCUUUCGUCCCUCUUUCCAUUAACCGUGGUUCUACUUUCUUCUACAAUUAUAAUUUUUUGCUUCUUGUGUCACCAACCUCUUGGUACUUUAUGAAGAUCAAAGAUUUUAUACCACUCACUCCCUCAUGCCGUUGACAAUUCUUUCGCAGACCCAGCUCCGCUCGCUACUGCUAUCAUUAACCCGUGAGGAGAUCAUAUCGCUGCAACAGAACCUCGCUCAGGCAUUGCGAGAAUACUCGACGGGGAAUCAGGAACAAGGCUGCUCCGCGACCUAUCAACCUCAGAGAACUGCGAUCACCCGAAAGAAUGGCUCCACAACGCUGUUUAUGCCCGCCAGCACCGGCCGCACCAUCGGCAUGAAGAUGAUCUCGCUACAGGAUGGGGGCACCGCAGGAUGCGCCGUAGAAACCGGCUUAGAUAUUGCUGAGGAUGUGAAGACGUCCUCGCGGAGCCGGCACGUGUCGAGAAGCUCCAUGAGCUCGCUGUCGUCUGACAUGAGCGAAUUGUCCGUUUCAUCACAGGAAGGCGAAAGCUCCUCGGUCAGUUCUAGCAGCAAGUCACUACCACCAGGAUGUGUGAAUAAACAGCCAGUCAACCCUGGAUUAUCCAACACCCUUGGAGCGUGGCCCUCGGCUGGUUCCCGAGACACCUCACCACAGGGUAGUGUGACCUUGCUUGACGAGCAAAGUAUGCCAUUUGGACUGAUUAAUGCGCAUGAGCUCACUCCAUUCCGCACCGCACUGACAUCUACAAUGAUCUUCAACAGGCGCAAGCGAGUGCGUACAGUGGUAGUCUUCGGGGCAGGCAAGCAGGCUUACUGGCACAUACGACUAGCACUGACAUUGCGGGGAUCGGAAAUCAAGCGGGUCUUCAUUAUUAACAGGUCAUUUGACCGGGCAGCGGAACUUCUUCGUGAUAUCUAUUCAACAGAGAACUCUAGUUGGCGGGGAGACGUGAAGUUUUCGGCUGUCAGCAGCGACUUCGUCGAGUAUUCGCGCAUCCUGCAAGAUGCCUUGAAUAAGGCUGAUGCGAUUUUCUGCUGCACGCCAUCCCUUCAGCCACUCUUCCCUGCGGAGAUACUCACAUCACGCGAAGCCCGCCGAAAAGGUCGACUGAUCAGCGCCAUUGGAUCAUACAAACCACAUAUGACGGAGUUGCCCCCGGAGAUCAUUCGCGAUGAGGUCAAGACACACGGUUCGCAUCGGCAUUUCAGCAAGCAUGUCAAGCGUAGUGGGGUUGUGGUUGUGGACAGUCUCGAGGCAGCCUUAAAGGAGGCUGGAGAGUUGAUCCAAGCCGAGAUCAAACCGAAUCAGGUUGUAGAGCUGGGCGAACUGUUGAUGGUGCGCCAUGCAACGCAAGAUUUGGAGCAGGAGACUGACGACAGUAAAAGCCUGCGCGAAUGGGCCGAACGAGGCAAUGUAAUCUUCAAGAGCGUGGGGUUGGGGUUGACGGACUUGGUCACCGGCGGAGAUCUUGUUCAGCUGGCUCGACAGCGGAAUAUUGGGACGAUAUUGGAGGAAUUCUAACAGUUUCUUUUUGUUUUGUUUCCUUCUUUGUUGUAAAAAAAUUUUUUUGUGUAUAACUUCGCUAUAGAAUUCAACUUGAUGAAUGAUUCCUUCCGGAUUUGGAGAUGAAAGCUUAAAAAUAAGUUGCGUCAUCCAUUCAAUACUUCUUUCGCAAACAAAAAACAACAACAACAACAACAACUCUUUCAAAAGACUAUUGCGGGAGUAAG